GAGUUCAGACGCAGCCUAAGCGAUCACAUUUUGGAGUGGUUUACCGUGACGUCAUGGUGUUCUCUCUGUAAUGUGACGCGGCAUUGAGCUAACGGCGGCUAGCUAGCUCCAGUGGUUCCUGUAUCGACUGACAAGAAAAGUGCGACAGAGAGAUUCUCGCGUUACACGACCUAUUAUACACCAACGAGUGUUUUCUCUGUCAUUAUGGGGAAUGUAUUUGCAAGCUUAUUCAAGGGCCUUUUUGGCAAGAAAGAGAUGAGAAUUCUAAUGGUUGGACUGGAUGCUGCUGGAAAAACAACUAUCCUUUAUAAACUAAAGCUUGGAGAGAUCGUCACCACUAUCCCCACCAUCGGUUUUAACGUUGAGACGGUAGAAUACAAGAACAUCAGCUUCACGGUGUGGGAUGUGGGCGGUCAGGACAAAAUCAGACCGCUGUGGCGCCACUACUUCCAGAACACUCAAGGGCUAAUUUUUGUGGUUGACAGCAACGACCGGGAGAGGGUGAACGAGGCCAGAGAGGAGCUGUCCAGAAUGCUGGCGGAGGAUGAACUAAGGGACGCUGUGCUGCUCGUUUUCGCAAAUAAACAAGAUCUCCCUAACGCCAUGAAUGCUGCAGAGAUCACAGACAAGCUGGGCUUGCACGCCCUCCGUCAGCGCAGCUGGUACAUCCAGGCCACCUGCGCCACCAGCGGCGACGGCUUGUAUGAGGGCCUAGACUGGCUCUCCAACCAGCUGAAGAACCAGAAAUGAUCCAUUCCACCAGUUGAUUUUUGUUCAUUUCUUUUCUUUUUUUUUUUUUCCUUUUCCUGUUUAAACACGAUGGCAGCACCGGACCCAGGCCCCUCUGCUCCCCGUCUCCCCCAGUGCUUUCCUUUAAGAACUUCCUUCAUUCCCUUGCCCUGCUACCUUCUUCUGUCAGUACUCUAGGGGCUGUAGCCUGUGCUGCUUGUGUGUGUGUGUGUGGGUGAGUGUGACCUUGUGUGUUCAGAGUGUGUGGGUGUGAAGGCGUCUCUGUGUGUUGGCUGGGACUGGGAGUAACCCUGGCGUGCCUUUUACACACCUGUGGAAUCAGCAGUCUGGUUUUCCAGCCCUUUCUCCAUCCACCAAACUCUGCCUCUGCCCCACUCAGUCUUGCACGCCCCCCCUUGUCCCCGCUCUCAAGAGGAAGCAUGGUUUUCACAUGGCAAAUGAAGCCCCCUCCCUGUUAACUAGAAUCUCCCCCCAUUGUUGACCAAAUGCCAGAUGUUCCUUUAAAGCCGUUUGAUUUUGAAGCCCACCUGUAAGAGAUCUAGAGAAUGGCAUCUUAACCUGUAUCAGGUCAAGUCAGAUAACUGUAAAAGUCACACCACACAUGGAGAAGAGACCCCCCCCCCAUCAUCAUUCUGCUGCCAUCUGAAAAUCAUGCUCUUGUUUUAUUAUUAUAUUGGAAUAUAUCAUAUUAUUCUUGCUGUGGCUCUCCGGUGAACACUACCUUUCUCCCACCACUGAGACCGUCAAGCACAAAGCAAGCCAGCAAAUAAAAGUGGAAUCUGCGAGUCCAUGUUUGCAGAUCUCAUCUUUGGUAGUUGGCCUCUAAUUCCCUGGAUUAAAUGACAUUUUUGAGAAGACCUUAAGUGUGAUGUCUUAUUCUGACGGUGUUCCUAUGUCCUGGCAAACUGAAGCCAGUAACAGAGCAGGAAGCAUCAUGGCAUGUACCUGUUUCUGUUCCUGGGUUUAGCAGUCCUGAGUCUGCUGUGAAUAUUCAAGCAGUUCCUCAAACCCACGCAGGGCUCCAGAACCUUCACCUGAGCGCCUGGGCUGGCUUUUUGGCAGUUUUUUUUUCUUCUUUCCUCACCGUUCGCUUUUCUCCUUUGAUAUCCAACAUUUUGAAAUGUUUGUGGGAGAAGGACUGGACCGAAUAUGAAGGCUCUGAAACUGUGAAGAACCCAGACAGGAAGAGGACGGGUUGAUGGGCCAUGACUCCUCACUGCAGAGCUGCAGACGCCAUGAUGGAGAACACCAGCAUGUCUCUGUGGUGGCGAGCUGAGGAGCUGGCGCGGGGGUGGGGGGCCGUGUGCAGUACAUGGUGGUGAGGUCCAGGAGGCGCCGCGGCGUGGAAUCAAAGGGGUUAAUGAAGCUGGCACUUGUGUCAAGAAGAAUGAUUGUAAAUCUGUAUGUUCCCCUGCAAACUGUUUGUGUGGGGAUCUCUGAACACAUGAAUAAACAUGAUUUGAUCCAAAA